AUGGAUGAGGAAAACAUGACGAAAAGCGAGGAGCAGCAGCCUCUGAGUUUGCAAAAAGCCUUACAGCAGUGCGAGUUGGUCCAAAACAUGAUAGACCUGAGCAUCUCCAACCUGGAAGGGCUUAGGACCAAAUGUGCUACCUCCAACGACCUCACACAAAAAGAAAUCCGGACCUUGGAGAGCAAGCUGGUGAAGUACUUCAGCCGGCAGCUGUCCUGCAAAAAGAAGGUCGCCCUGCAGGAACGCAACGCUGAGCUGGACGGCUUCCCUCAGCUCCGGCACUGGUUCCGGAUUGUCGACGUGCGGAAGGAAGUCCUUGAGGAGAUCACCCCCGGCCAGCUGAGUCUGGAGGACCUCUUGGAGAUGACAGAUGAGCAGGUGUGUGAGACCGUGGAGAAAUAUGGGGCCAACCGGGAGGAGUGUGCCCGCCUCAAUGCCUCCCUCUCCUGCCUCCGGAACGUCCACAUGUCAGGAGGCAACCUUUCCAAACAAGACUGGACCAUCCAGUGGCCCACCACGGAGACGGGGAAGGAGAACAACCCCGUGUGCCCCCCGGAGCCGACCCCGUGGAGCCGCACCCACCUCUCCCAGAGCCCCAGGGUCCAGUCCAAGUGCGUCCAGCACUACUGUCACGCCAGCCCCACCCUGGGGGCCCCCGUGUACACCCACGUGGACAGGCUCACCGUGGACCCCUACCCGGGCCUGUGCCCGCCACCGCCUCUGGAGUCGGGGCACCGGUCCCUGCCCCCGUCGCCCCGGCAGCGGCACGCGGUCCGCACCCCGCCGCGCACCCCCAACAUCGUCACCACCGUGACCCCGCCAGGCACACCACCCAUGAGGAGGAAGAACAAACUGAAGCCCCCCGGGACCCCGCCGCCCUCCUCCCGGAAGCUGAUCCACCUGAUCCCGGGUUUCACGGCCCUGCAUCGGAGCAAGUCUCACGAAUUCCAGCUGGGUCACCGCGUAGACGAGGCCCACACGCCCAAAGCCAAGAAGAAAAGCAAGCCUUUGAACCUCAAGAUCCACAGCAGCGUGGGCAGCUGUGAGAACAUCCCCUCCCAGCAGCGCUCUCCGCUGCUGUCCGAGCGCUCCCUCCGCUCCUUCUUCGUGGGACAUGCGCCCUUCCUGCCCUCCACCCCUCCGGUCCACUCCGAGGUCAAUUUCUCUGCAAACACACUGUCAGUGCCGCGCUGGUCCCCACAGAUCCCUCGCAGAGACCUCGGCAACUCCAUCAAGCACAGGUUUUCCACCAAGUACUGGAUGUCACAGACAUGCACGGUCUGUGGGAAAGGAAUGCUUUUUGGCCUCAAGUGUAAAAACUGCAAGUUAAAAUGCCACAACAAAUGCACCAAAGAAGCCCCGCCUUGUCAUCUCCUGAUCAUCCACCGAGGGGAUCCAGCAAGGUUAGUCCGGACAGAGUCCGUCCCGUGUGACAUCAACAACCCUCUACGAAAGCCACCCCGGUAUUCGGACCUGCACAUCAGCCAGACGCUCCCCAAAACCAACAAAAUCAACAAGGACCACAUCCCUGUUCCUUACCAGCCGGACUCCAGCAGCAACCCCUCAUCCACGACGUCCUCCACGCCCUCCUCGCCAGCACCCCCGCUCCCGCCCAGCGCCACGCCGCCUUCUCCCCUACACCCUUCUCCUCAGUGCACAAGGCAGCAGAAGAAUUUCAACCUGCCAGCGUCCCACUACUACAAAUACAGGCAACAGUUCAUCUUCCCAGAUGUGGUGCCGGUGCCGGAGACGCCGACGCGGGCGCCCCAGGUCAUCCUGCAUCCAGUGACCUCGAAUCCAAUCUUGGAAGGAAAUCCAUUACUUCAAAUUGAAGUGGAGCCAACCUCGGAGAAUGAGGAGGGCCACGAUGAGGCCGAGGAGUCGGAGGAUGACUUUGAGGAGAUGAACCUGUCCCUCCUCUCGGCCCGGAGCUUCCCUCGCAAGGCCAGCCAGACCAGCAUCUUCCUCCAGGAGUGGGACAUUCCCUUCGAGCAGCUGGAAAUCGGCGAGCUCAUUGGGAAGGGCCGCUUCGGGCAGGUGUACCACGGCCGCUGGCAUGGCGAGGUGGCCAUCAGGCUGAUCGACAUCGAGAGGGACAACGAGGAGCAGCUCAAGGCCUUCAAGCGGGAGGUGAUGGCCUACAGGCAGACGCGGCAUGAGAACGUGGUACUGUUCAUGGGCGCCUGCAUGAGCCCGCCACACCUGGCCAUCAUCACCAGCCUCUGUAAGGGCCGGACACUCUAUUCUGUGGUGAGAGACGCCAAGAUCGUCUUGGAUGUCAACAAAACGAGGCAGAUUGCCCAAGAAAUUGUGAAGGGCAUGGGCUACCUCCACGCCAAGGGGAUCCUGCACAAGGACCUCAAGUCCAAGAAUGUCUUCUACGACAACGGCAAAGUGGUGAUCACAGACUUUGGGCUCUUCAGCAUUUCCGGGGUGCUGCAGGCUGGCAGGCGUGAUGACAAGUUGCGUAUCCAGAACGGCUGGCUGUGCCACUUGGCCCCAGAGAUCAUCCGCCAGCUGUCUCCCGACACAGAGGAGGACAAGCUCCCCUUCUCCAAACACUCGGAUGUCUUUGCACUCGGGACUAUCUGGUAUGAACUCCAUGCCAGGGAGUGGCCUUUCAAGACCCAACCAGCAGAGGCAAUAAUCUGGCAAAUGGGCACAGGCAUGAAACCCAACCUCAGCCAGAUCGGCAUGGGAAAAGAAAUCUCGGACAUUCUUCUCUUCUGCUGGGCCUUUGAACAAGAAGAAAGACCUACCUUCACCAAGCUCAUGGACAUGCUGGAGAAACUGCCAAAGCGAAACCGCCGCCUGUCUCACCCUGGACAUUUCUGGAAGUCUGCAGAGUAA